AUACCUCACUGGCGACGACGCGACUCUUAUCUCGGUUCUUUGCCUAAUUUCGACUACAAAUCCGGAGAAUGGUCUAUUUUUAAAGGCAAAUUAACUCAGUUUUUCAAAGUAAAUGCUAAUAGUAUUACAGCCGAUAACAAAUGUGCAGUGUUAAUAACGCAUCUUUCGGACGAUUCGUAUCGCUUGGCACGUAAUCUCGUGUACCCUCGUGAUUUAGAAGUGCAUACGUAUGACGAACUUAUUGCUGUUUUAGAUAAACAUUUUAAAAUUAAAAAGUGUUCGUUUGCUAAUAAGGCGAAGUUCUACAGUGCGACGAAGAAACCAGACGAGUCUUUAGGAGACUGGGCGGCGCGGCUACGCGGGUUGGCAAGUCAUUGCGACCUGGGCAACGCCCUGGAGACGGUGCUGACGGACCGUUUCGUCCUCGGUCUGGGUUCUGGCCCCGAGCGCGAUAAGUUGUUUGAACAAGACGCGGCGACCCUUACGUUCGUCAAGGCGCUGGAGGUCGCGGAGCAAGCGGCUAGUGCUAGGCAAGCCCAGGUGGUGGUAGGCGAGAACGGCAGUAUCGGCAACGCGCCGAUAAAGGAGGAGCCGGUUUUCCGUGCGGCGAGCGCGGCGAUCCCUGGGCGCGGCGGCGCCCGUGGUCGCGCCAGCCGCGGUGGCGGAGCUGGUGCCGGUCGUGUUACGGAUAUCGCAUCGGGUUCCAAAUGGCAUGAACGUGAUGACGUCAAUAGGUGUAAUAUUUGCGGUAUGAAGAACCACAGUGCGGAAACGUGUCGUUAUAAAGGUUAUAAGUGCGGCAAGUGCGGUGUUAAGGGACACUUAAAGAAAGUAUGCAAACUAAGAUUUCACAAUAUCCAGGCACAGGAAGGAGAAUCGGAAACUUCUUGCGAGGACUGUGAGGAGUGUGCGCUAUACAAUUUAAGGUAUGAACAUUACGAUCCCAUUAUUUUAACUGUAUUAAUCAACGGUGACAAAUUUUAUAUGGAACUAGACUCGGGUUCGGGUAUAAGUGUGAUUUCCGAUAAAUGUUAUAAACAAUAUUUUUCUCAUAUUCAGUUACAUAAGUGUAACAUUAAGUUAUGUGUUUAUAACGGGCAUAAAAUGACGCCAAUGGGUGUAUUGUUAGUAAAUGCUGAGUACAAUUCAAUUAAAGACGUCCUUAAGAUAUAUGUGAUACCUAAAGGAGGUCCACCCUUAAUUGGUCGUGAUUUUAUGACUAAAUUCGGCAUUAAAGUUACUACUGAGGAAUAUUAUAAUAAUAAUAGUAUAGCCACUGACCAUUACGCCGGGGAGGUUCAACAAUUAUUACAUUCUUAUGCCGAUUUGUUCAGCGAGGGAUUGGGAAAAUUUAAUAAAUUUAAAAUCUCACUUCGCCUUAAAGAAAAUGUUGUACCAGUUUUUUUUAAACCCCGACCAGUCCCCUUUGCCCUUAAGCACAGAGUCGAUGAGGAACUCGAACGCCUUGUUGGUUUAGGUAUAUUAGUACCAGUGAACUUUUCGAAGUACGCGACUCCAAUUGUUCCGGUUUUGAAGGAGAACGGGAAAAUUAAAAUUGCAGGCGAUUAUUCGGUAACGCUAAACAAAGACUUGGUUAUUGACAAAUACCCUAUGCCGCGUAUAGAAGAAGUGUUCGCGAAAUUAGGAGGCGGCGAACGUUAUACAAAACUAGAUUUGAGCAAUGCGUAUAACUAAUUCGUAUUGAGUGACGAGUCCCGGGAGCUCACUACCAUCAGCACCACGCGAGGGUUGUUCCAAUACACCAGGCUCGUAUAUGGUCUGGCCAAUGCGCCGGCUAUAUUUCAGAGAACAAUGGAGACCCUGCUGGUAGGAAUAGACGGAGUGAGCAUCUGGCUGGAUGACGUGUGUAUCACAGGGCCGGAUAAGGCGACUCAUUUGGAAAGGUUGCGUGAAGUUUUGUUUCGAAUUAAAGACGCCGGUUUAAAAUUACAAAAAGAUAAGUGCGAGUUUUUUAAAUCGAGCGUCACAUAUUUAGGUUACGUCAUUGACAAAAACGGCCUUCGAACAUGUCCAAAAAAGAUUGAGGCAAUAGUUAAUGCCCCUCGCCCAAAUAAUGUUCUGGAUGUUAAGCGGUUUUUAGGGUUUAUUAAUUAUUAUCGGAAGUUUAUACCGCGCGCCUCGAGUGUACUUAAUCCGUUGCACGAGUUACUUAAGGUCGAUGCUAUGUGGAGAUGGGGCCCCGAGCAAGAGGAGGCAUUCAUCGCGAUUAAACGUGAAAUGGCUUCAGGCCGGGUUCUAACUCAUUUUGAUCCGGAAGCGCGACUGGUUUUGAGUGUUGACGCGGGACCUACCGGUCUGGGUGCCGUGAUAUCGCUUGGGCCGGAAGGUCACGAGCGACCCCUGGCUUUCGCCUCCCGGGCACUUACGCCCAGCGAGAAAAACUACAGCCAAGUGCACAAGGAAGCCGCAGCCAUAGUGUACGGAGUGAAACAUUUCCACCAGUACCUUUACGGGCGAAGUGAACCAUUUGUACUCAAAACUGACCAUCGACCCCUACUUGCCAUAUUUGGCAAGAAAAAUGGCAUAUCCGUUAUGGCUGCCUCCCGUUUGCAACGGUACGCUAUUUACUUAUCAGCCUACAACUACGUCAUUAGUUACAUUACUAGUGAAAAAAAUGUUGUAGCGGACUAUUUCUCUAGGGCACCGCCGAAAGUAGUAAAUCCGUCUGAGUUAAACAUUGACGAAGGUAGUUCGUAUUUAAACUUUUUAGACGAGCAAACCUUGCCAAUAUCUUUUGAAGAUAUUAGGGCGGCGACGGCCUUAGACAAGACAAUGAAAAUUGUUAUGAAGUACAUUAAAAACGGGUGGCCGCGUAAAAUUAAAUGUAAGAAUAUUCAACCAUAUUUUAGAUGUAAAACUGAUUUAGAAGUCGAAAAGGGUUGUAUUUUACGCGGUCAUCGAAUAGUUGUCCCUCCGGCUCAUAGAGCACGCGUGUUAGAGGAAUUGCAUAGGGGACACUUAGGGAUCGUAAAAACUAAGAGUAUUGCGCGCGGUAAGCUUUGGUGGCCAGGUUUGGACUCCGAUAUAGAACGCAUUGUGCAAAAUUGCACCGUAUGCAGUAAACUGCGGACCGCCCCACCCCGCUCGCCCCUCCCGUGGCCUAGCGCGCGCGCAUGUUGGGAACGUCUUCACAUUGACUACGUGCAGGUUGGGCAAAGGAUGUACUUGGUCGUGGUAGAUGCAUUCAGCAAAUGGUUGGAGUGUCUACAUAUGAGUAAAGAUGUUUCGUCAAAAUCCCUAAUUGUAAAAUUAAAAUAUCUAUUUUCUACAUUCGGCUUACCCAAAACUAUAGUGUCAGAUAAUGACCCAAAAAUAAAUAGUGAAUUAUUUAGACAUUUUUGUGCAGUUAACGGAAUAAAAUAUUUAAACUCACCAAUUUACCAUCCCUGCAGUAAUGGUCAGGCCGAAAUAUGUGCUAAGAUUUCAAAAAAAAUGAUAAAAUGUAUUCAAAGUUGCGAUGAUAAAAUGUCAACGGAGGCUAUUAAUGAGCGAUUGUUAAGUUUUCUAUUUGAAUAUCGCAACAGUGUCCAUUGUAGCACUAACGAAACACCUGCAAAACUUAUGUUCGGUAGGGAUUUACGUAGUAAACUCGAUUUAAUGUUACCUAGCAAAGAAACCGAUAGUAAUAAAGUGCACGUUGGUUUAGCAGGUGCGCGUAAGUUUGAUGUGGGCCAAGUUGUUUUAGUUCGAUGUUUUGUUGCUCAAAAGCCUGUAUGGCGAGUGGGAACAAUAAUAAAUAAAGUUGGAAAUAGGAUGUUUACUGUAGACGUUAGAGGUAUCGGUAAAUGUAUACGUCACGUCGAUCAGCUGUUGCGAUAUUCAGGUGGGUCGCUUGCUGAUAAGAUUGAUAAUGCUGCGCAAGCAAACGACUCGCCGCCGCCGCCCGCGCCCGCGCCCGCGCCUUCCCCGCGCCCUUUGACCUUUUCGCCCGCUCCGGCUCAGGCGCCGACGGCACAGGCGUUGCAACCCUCACCCCCGCGCUCACCUAUGUUAUUGUCGAGGCCGGACGCAAUUGAAAAUAUUGAUCAAGAGAUUAACGAACCACAAGAUAUUGCAUCCGACAACGACUUUUAUGAGUGUGAUGAUAAUAAUGUGGAGGGAGAGGAAACGGAUCGACCGGUGCCAGAAUUAGAAACGCUAAGCUCUGUACCCGCGAGCCCUGCAGCGCCCGCGUCCCCCGCGGCCCCCGCGGACUCGCAACUGCUGCGCCCGCGAGCGCAGCAGCAGCACCUGGCUCAGAACGAGCAGACUGAUAACCAGUCGGAUCCGGUUCCGCGCCGAUGUAAUUUAAGGCCUAGAACUAAAAGGGUUAAUUAUAAAUAAUAAUGAAGUAUAAUAUUUUAUUAUAUUUCUUGAAGAUACCUAUACCUAAAAUAUUGUCUGUUUUGUUGUCAGGUUCCCAGAAUAAUGUGGGAGGAGUGAUAUGUAUUGACGCUGUACCUGCAUGCUUCAGUAAUAAACCAGUCAUUGGUCCGAACGGUUGUUUUACUAAAUA